AAUCGAGCUCUACAACAUGAAAUUCAAAUUCUUUCUACUUAUCGUAACUGUUACAUCCUUUGUAAAGACAAUAUCUUCAAAAACUGCUGAAGAAUGGAAAACGAGGAUAAUCUACCAGAUUUUAACCGAUCGUUUCGCUCCCUCGGGUGACUUACCAACAACAAAAUGCACAAACUUGAGAGGAUGGUGYGGGGGAACAUUCAAAGGCAUACAAARACACCUCGAUUACAUCUCAGGACUCGGGGCUAAUGCAAUUUGGAUCUCGCCUAUUGUUCUCAACACAAAUGGGGGCUAUCACGGAUACUGGGCAAAGAACAUUUUCGAAAUCGAGUCACAUUUUGGCUCAAAAGAAGAUCUCAAGAAUCUGGUGAAAGCGUGUCAUGAGCGUGACAUUUGGGURAUGGUUGAUGUAGUUGCCAAUCACAUGGGAUACCCUCCCAAUACAGACUGGACAACGCCCUGGAACUCCACYCUUUUUAAUAACUUCCCSGAUCAUUUCACGCCUUUUAACAAAUYCGAAUACUACCAUCCUCAGCAUCCYUACAUUAAGUGGCCUGAGGAAUGUCACGAUUUGCACAAAAUACAAACGUACUGGCUUGCAAAUCUACCYGACCUUAACCAAAGUCACCCAUUCGUCCAGGAAACGCUACUAAAAUGGAUUCAAGAUAUUGUAAUCGAGUAUGAAUUUGAUGGAUGCAGAAUUGACACUGUUAUCCAAGUACCAAAAUGGUUUUGGACCAAGUUUCAAAGAGCAGGCAAAGUGUUCAUGCUUGGUGAGGCAAACAAUGGCUCUCCACCCUGUGGAACGAUUAACUUUACUGCUCAGUUYCAAGGCCCACUCAAAUCAGUUUUAGACUUUCCAUUGUUUUGGACAAUGAGAUAUAUUUUCCAAGAAAGAAGUCAGAACUUCACGUCCCUGAGCAAGAAUUUAAUCGAGUCAGCCAAAGCAUUCCUGGACAGAUCUGUUCUUGGGGGAUUCAUAGACAACCAUGACCAUGAAAGAUUUCUUCAUAAGAAUCCAAGUUACACAGCUCUUCGUAACAACUURGUUUAUAUCUUUAUGUCCCAGUGCAUUCCAAUUCUUUACUAUGGAACAGAGCAAGGCUUCAGUGGUGGAAAUGAUCCAAAUUGCAGGGAGUCAUUAUGGCCUUACAUGAACCCUAAACACGUGCUAUACCAGUUUAUUCGAAAUCUUAUUCAGGUUCGAAAGUCCCAAGGAAAAUCUUGGCUGAACAGCAAUCAACUGGAAAGACAUGUUGAUGCAAAAGUCUAUGCUUUCUCACGUCAGAACGUACUGGUUGUAAUCACUACUAAUUCAAUGAGCAUAACAAGAGUUCUCAAGUCUCAUCCGUUCAAGGCUGGUGAUGAGGUUCAGAACUUACUUGAUGUCAAACAAAAGUUCAAAGUCUCAAAUGAGGGGCAGUUAAAAGUAACUUUGUUGGAUGGCGAGGCUCUUAUACUGGCAAGAAUUACAAGCAUUGCAACUAGUGUURCCUCAGUUCCAAUUAUGUAUGCUGCAUGCUGUAUUUUAUUCUUCAUUUUGUAGUUUUCAUAACCAUCAAACCAUGUGAUGUGUCGAGUUGUCUUAGUUUCUAUCAUAUGGGCUGGAAAGACAUGUCCUUAAUUUGUAGUUCUAUCAUCCCAAAUCCUUUUCCAUUGCUCUGCUAUGAUCUUAGUUGAUAAUAAGUAGUCAAUGUUUUCUUCUGACUAAUUUCAAGUCAGACUUUGCAAGAGAAGUAAUAUUUUCCAUGACUGUAAUCAUGUUAAAGCAUUAAAAUACUGUAUAUUAAAAAAAGAUAGYUGAUU